AUGUCACUCCAGAACCAUCCAGACAAGGUGGGUGGAGGCGUCGAUGCGACGAAUAAGUUCAAUGAGAUCAAGAAUGCGAAAGAGAUCCUCUCCGACAGCGAGCGGCGGAAGAUCUACGACACCUUCGGGGUGGAUCUAGGUGAAGAGCGACCUGAGAUGGAAGUUUGGUCGAUUGGCAUGAGUACGCUGCUCAGCCCAAUGGGUGGAUUCGUGCUGAAGACGAUCGUGGCUCGGAGCGUACUGUGGCUGGUCGACUGGGUGUGGAUUGGCCGGUUGCUCAUGCUGCUUGGGCUACUCGCAGCUGGCUGCUAUGCUAUGGACAUCAAGUUCGGAAACUUCAGCGCCCGAUCGGAAGAGGCACUGUCAAUAUUCAUGAACUUCUUCGUCAUCGAUGUUGUGAUUAUUCUCAACUGGCUAUGGCCCCUUCUGGCAGAUGCAGUGUGUGUUUUCUACCUCGUGGCCGAAAUAGUCAGCGUCCAAAUCCUCAUGGAAAGUUGGAAGAUCGGGGUCGGCGUGGGUUUCUUUUCCCUGUUCUUAGCCUGGCUGGUUCGUGGCUGGUGGCGAUGGAUAGUGGGCUUGGAGAUCCUCCUUGCGGUCGUGCUUCUGAUUGCACUAACGAUCUCUUCCGGGAUCGUGCGAUUGUGGAUCGAUUCAGUUUUCACUCAGCAUGGCGAGAAGCUCAAGGAGUGGCGUAUCAACAUGCGAGCGAAACGAAGAGACACGGAGGCAGAGUUGGACAAGCUCCGGAAGAGAGUCCAGACCCUCGAGGAGGAGAAUGCAAAGCUCAAGACGUCUGAGAAAAAGCUGGAUUCAGGAGGGCCUUGCGGACCUGUGGCUCGCCUGUGCACGUGGCUCACGUCAAGGUUGCUUGAGUAG